AUGACCAACAGUCGUAUCAACAUCGGAUAUGACGAGCGGCAUCGGGUUGUACCGAUGGCGGAAUUACAUAGAUCAUUGGCCACAACAUUGGUCACGUCGUUCGGACCCAUUGUCGGAUGCAAUGGAAGUCUUGGAAGGUCAUGCCUGACAAGAUCAAGACGGAGGUGUGCGAAUAGUUGUCAGUGUACCAACUACAAUUUAGAGGACCUCGACGAGUCGUUGGCAUACGUCAACAGACUCUUUGCUGAGAGGUACAAGCAGUGGAAGAGCGACUUGCACCAUAAUUUUCAGGCAUUUGAUGAUCCGCAGGCCACUCUUCAGGAGGGUUGCCCGAAUGAGCUUGAGGGGGGGGAGGAUAGCCCCUUCUCAUAUAAGAUGGACGCACAACGGCGGGGGGGGUCCAAAUUCCCAGAGAUCGACGUCUUUGGCGACUUUUAUGUUCGACCUGGGAAUGAGUUGGUCGAGUCCCUUCAUACGACGAUGGUGGAGAGGAGCCAGUUGGUUCUUCAAGAGUCCGCCUCCCAACUUUCUCCUGAUACUCCGCUCGAGUCUGUGGAUCCUCCACAGGAUGCUGGGUUUCAGAUCUUAACUAAGACGUUGGAUCAGAAUCUCAGGAGGAGGCCAGGGACAUAUUGUCGAGGGAUGGGGAAUGCCCGGUGGAGGGAACCUAGACCCCGCUCAUCAAAGGUGAUUGCUUUGACAGCAAAGGUGGCCGAGCUUCAGGGUCAGAUGUCUAUGCUUCUAGAGUCCCUCGCGCGGUCCGGCAUUCCAAUCUCACAUUUUGAUCCCUCGUCGACCUCCGAGCCUGUCCAACCCAAGCAUGGCUACCAGACCUCUACUCCUGUGGAAAAUGUCCAAACCUCCGAGCCGCAUCUACCUAACGACCAAGUAGAUUUUGGAACAUUGUUUGAUUAG